AUGGCGACUUCAAGAGAGGAAACCGCAAAUAUUUCACCAGAGAGAUUAGAAGCUGCGUACACAUUAUUACAGCUAAGCAGAGAUGAUGAGGUUCUAUCAUCGACCCCAUUAUUUCCACAAGUAAGUGAAGCUCCUAAAAAAACGUAUAGGAAGAGCAGAGCUCUUGAAAAACAGAAUGUGAAUAUUAGGGAAGAGUCUAGGAAGAUUAAAAAACAGCCUGUGAAGAAUAAGAAAGUGUCUAGGAAGAUUAAUGAACAGCCUGAUGAGGAUACGAAGGAUGAUUCCGAAGAAACCCUGAUUUCAGUUCAGGGAUGGAACCAAAUCGAGGCCGACCCGGGCGAGAUACUCGGCGAUGCUGCGGAACGUAUCAGUGAACCGAUAAAGAAACAGCUGACGAUGAGCGACGUGUUGGAAGAUCAGUGCAGGCUCAUGUUGGGGAAGCUGCACGUGAGGAAGAAGAUGCUUCCUCUUUUGAAAGUGUCUGAGAAUCCGCGCGGGAUGGAUGGGCUUGAUGUGUCGGUGUACGGACCAGACGGGGAGGCUCAGAUGAUGAAGUUCAAGAUGUGGAGUGAGGGCACGCCUGUGUUGACUUCGGGGUGGAAGGAGUUCGUGGCGAAACAUGGUCUCAAGAAGCAUUCCGAUUUUCUCACCGUUUGGAUGUUUAGGCACAGGGUGACUCGUAAGAUUUGCUUCGCUAUCGGCUACACUAGGCUUCCUAUAGAGAAACCUCUCAGUACAAGGAUCUCGAAUAUAGUCUUCCCGAAUCCAGUUUAG